GCAAAUGGCGGCACGUUUGUCAGACACGUGAUUACUUGUGUUGUUUUGUGAAAAUAAUACUUCAGUGGAAAUUUACAAAUUACAAGAAUUAAAGGAUCAAAUAGUAACAAGCAAAAACCUGAGUUUAUUUAGUGUUUCAAAUAACGUACUAUUCACUGUCUAUGUGUCAUUAAAAUUAUUUGAAAUCAUGGAAGACGAAAAAAAGGUUAUGUUUCAUGAAAUGGAACUGGAUGAUCGCAUUUUAAAGGCAAUAUCACAGCUGGCAUGGCCAGAGCCCACACUGAUUCAAGAAACCGCAAUCCCUUUGCUUUUGGAAGGUAAAGAUGUGCUGAUGAGAGCCAGAACAGGGUCCGGCAAAACUGCUGCAUUCACAAUACCAGUCAUACAAAAGAUAUUAAAUAUGAAGAAUACAAGUACACAUCAGUGUAUUAGAGCUCUCAUACUAUCACCAAGUAAGGAGCUGUGUGGACAGAUUACUUCAGUAAUUGGUGACCUAACCACAAAAUGUGCAAGGGAAGUGAAAUGCAUAGAUAUAUCGUCAAGUGGAGACACAGCCACACAGAAAGCUCUAUUGUCAGAUAAGCCAGAUAUUGUUGUGGCAACACCGUCAAGGGCGCUGGCGCACUUGAAAGCUAAUAAUAUGAGGCUGAAAGAAGAUCUGGCUGUACUUGUGGUGGAUGAAGCAGAUUUAGUGUUCUCAUUUGGUUAUGAGGAUGAGAUUAAAGAAUUGUUAGGACAUUUACCAAAAAUCUACCAAGCUGUCUUGGCAUCAGCAACACUCUCUGAAGAUGUGCUUAGUCUCAAAAAGAUUGUUCUCCGUAACCCUGUCACCCUAAAACUGGAGGAGCCAGAGUUAGCACCUUCAUCACAGCUGCAGCAUUACCAUUUGUUUGCAGAGGAAGAUGACAAGGCAGCCAUAUUGUAUGCUUUACUGAAACUGAACCUUAUCAGAGGAAAGAGCAUAAUAUUUGUUAGGACAGUAGAUAGGUGUUACAAAUUAAAAUUAUACUUAGAACAGUUCAAAAUAGGGUCAUGUGUUCUGAACUCAGAGCUUCCAGCUGCAGUCAGAUGUCUGUCAGUAGACCAGUUUAAUAGAGGAAGGUAUCAGAUCAUUAUAGCAUCAGAUGAAAUGGCCCUGGAGAAGCCAGAUGGUGGUAUACUCCCCAUAGAAGAGAGAAAGAAGAAGAAACAGAAUUCUAAACGGAAAAAGGACAAAGAGUCAGGAGUAUCAAGAGGGAUAGAUUUCCAGCUUGUGUCUAAUGUCAUCAACUUUGACUUCCCAUUAGAUGUGAACUCUUAUGUGCACAGAGCUGGGAGAACAGCUAGAGGAAAGAAUCAGGGUUCAGUGCUGUCAUUUGUAUCAAUAAGAGAGAAGCCACUGAUGGAUGCAGUAGAGGUUCAUUUGUCAAAAGGAUUCAAGUCACAGAAAGUUCUACAGAAAUACGAGUUUGCCCUGGAAGAAGUAGAAGGUUUCCGCUACAGAUCGCGCGACGCGUGGCGAGCUGUCACUAGGAUAGCAGUCAGGGAGGCUCGUCUCAAGGAAAUCAAACAGGAACUGCUCAACUGUAAAAAACUACAGGGCUACUUUGAAGAAAAUCCAACGGAUUUGGCAGCUUUACGAAGAGAUAAGGCUCUGCAUACUGUGAAAGUACAGCACCACUUGGCUCACGUACCGGAAUACUUAUUACCUGCUGCCUUGAGGAGUGAUGAGACAGUGGAAGAUGAGCAGGAAGGUGUUGCAGCAGCUGCUCCUGCCCCACAGAAGAAGAGGAAACAGAACACACAGUAUGGGAGCGCGAAAAGACAUAAAUAUCAAGCCCGCAAAAACGAUCCCCUGAAGAGCUUGGACGUGAAACAGAAGGCCACAGCCGCCGGUGACACGUAGCCGACACUUUGUUAGUAUCCGAAUGGAUAAACUCUUUAUAUGAACGUUAUGUUUUUAUACAACCGUUUUAUACUCUCUCCUGUUAAGGUUGGAACUACACUACCUACGCUAAUGUUAUAAAGAUAACAAAUAAAAUUUAACGUUAUUAUAGGUAUUUUGUUUUAAUUUUUUGCAUGUUUGCGAAAUUUUGAUGGAGUCUAAUACUGUUAGUUUCAACAACAACUCUGUCGUUGAAGAAGUUCAGUAAACAAUUCAGGCUUGAAGUAGCUGAGAAUUCAGAGCAACAAUUCGAAGCCCAUUGCAUUUCUUCUAUUUAGGUGUUGUUUGAGCUACCACAAUUAAAGUUUUACUAGCUCACAACUAACUUUCUUUUAUUGUGAAAUAGGAGCAUUGUCAAAUCUCUAAAAGUCCUGGUUGUUUACCGCAGAGCGUAGUUCCAGUCUAAAGUAACAGUUGUACUGCACCUUGUACUAAUAAAGUGUGUCUGAU